AAAAGAUUCAUAAAUGUCUCGAAAUCGCACAUCAGUUAGUCCUGUGCUACGUGUCACCCAGAGGCAGCUGCAAACUUAAAGUUAUUGUUUUCUAAAAUAUCCAGCGUGGAAGCUCAGAAGAAAUGGCUCAAACUUUAUAUUUCAGCGUUCUUCUCAUCGCUCUCUGUUCAUUAUCUGAAUGCAUUCAGCGUCGCUAUCACCACAUAGACAAGAAGAUGACCUGGACUGAAGCUCAGAGAUACUGCAGAGAGAAAUACACAGAUCUGGCCACAGUCAACAACAUCAACGACCUGAAUGACAUGAAUCAACUGAUGAAGAGUGUGGAUUACAGUUUGAUUUAUGGUGUCUGGAUUGGACUGACUAGAUCAAGUGUUUAUAAAUGGAAGUGGUCUCUGGGUGAUCCUGUGAAAUAUACAAACUGGUAUAAUGGAGACUCAAAUGGUCCAGGUCAUUGUGUUUAUAUGAGAGAUGGAUCAUGGCAUCAUCAGGACUGUAAUACGAACAUGAGAUUCAUCUGCUACAAUGAGAGCAGUAAAGGAUUCAUCAUUGAUGAUUCUUCAGUAUCAUGGAGAAAAGCGCAGAUCUUCUGCAGACAGCAUCAUACUGAUCUGACCAGUGUGAGGAAUCAGAUUGAGAAUCAACAGAUUCAGAAGAUCAUGAAUGACACAAACAUAUCUGAAGUCUGGAUUGGUCUGUUCAGUGACUCAUGGGAGUGGUCAGAUGAGAGCGACUCUGGAUUCAGAAACUGGUAUCCUAAUGAACCAAAUAAUCCUUAUACUGAAAAAUGUGCAGCAUUCGGUGGGGUUAAAUGGAAUAAUAUGAUUUGCAGUGACUGUCAGACCUUUUUGUGUCAUGAAGAUAAUCUGAUAUUGAUCCAGGAGAAUCUGAGCUGGUCUGAAGCUCGGAGAUACUGCAGAGAGAAUCAUGUGGAUCUGGUUUCAGUUGAUUCAGAGGAGAUUCAGUUCAUGGUGACUAAAGUGAUUCAUCAGUCCUCUACUGACCCCGUGUGGAUGGGUUUAAGUCACUCCUGUGCUGUUGGUCUUUGGUUCUGGGUGAAUGAAGAGAAGGUCUGCUAUCAGAAUUGGGCUCCAGGGAACGAAACAAAACUGAUGGACUGCAACACUGAACACAGAGCUGGAGCAGUUCAGUCUGGAGGAGAUAAUCUCUGGAUCAGCCUUCCUCAAUCUCAACAACUCAACUUCAUCUGCAGCAGAAAAUAAUAAAAUAAUUUGUGUCUAUCACUUGAUUUUUGUUAUUGUUUGUUCAUUUUCUGGUUUUUAUUUUGUUAUUUAGAAGUAGGGUUCAUUUAUAAACAUAUUACAGAUUAAAUACAACAUUAUGCCUUAGUUUAGAAUCAUUUCAUGUAUACAAAAAAAUGUUUCUAUGUUAAUCUCCUGACACAAUAUAUUUUCUUAUGUUUCUUUAAUAACUGUUCAAUUAUAUAAAAAAUGCAUGAUAUUUACUCAUCAGAUGUCACUUCUGUUCUGUCUGAUUAAUAAAGAUUAUGAGCUCA